AUGUUGGCCGCUUGGCCGUUUUUAAACUCAACACUGCGCAAGCGCCGUCUCUCAAGCCGCUUGCCGCCGCCGAAACUACGACUCCCGGCAUGCACUCCAGGCGCGUCGCUCUGCUGGGAUGGCCUUAAGCAGCAUGGGACGUGUAGUUUUCUGGGGCGGUGGAAGAGCUUGACUUGCGCGAGGUGGCCCCCUGCCGGGCGUGCCAGGAGCCGUUGCAUAGGAGAGAGUUUGCAAAGGAGGACCAGACGGGAGCAUCUUUGGAAGGGACAGGUAAGUGUGCUCCAGGUGAGGCAGGCCUAGAACUGACGGGUCCUUGAGGGCUGCUGCUGAGGGAGAAAAGAGGCACCCAAAUUGUGUAAAGGGGCUCCCUGAUAUUGCAGAGGGGGGCUGAAUUAUUAUACCAUAUUAUAUAUUCAAUUAAUAAUUACAUUAUUACAAUGACCUUUGUCUCCCAAUGUCUUUCUGCUACUCUGACCAACUAUAUCAUACUAUCUGGGUUGUGCUAUUUUUAUCUGACUCUCCAUUCAGUGUGGCUCCUCCAUAUCCCUUUUUAUCCUCGCUAAAACUUUAUUAGGUGGGUUAGGCCGAGAGGUGGCAGUUGUUCCAAAGCCAAGGUCACUCAGUAAGCUUUGUGGCUGAGUUGGGGCCUUUCUGGGCCUAACCUGACGCUCUGUCCCACCAGGGCCUGUGGCAUAGUGAACUUUUAAAAUCUUUAAAGUACCCUGGGGCUUUCCAGGAAGUUAUGAUAAUGCUUGAAUGUGGUUAAAUACAAAGUGGCUGGUUGACAAUGUGUUAUUAUUAAUUAAAUUUGUAUACUGUCCUUCAUAACAUAAAUACAUUGACUGGCACACCAACUCUAAUUAAGAGUUGGGGGUGUGAGGAAGACUGGUGACUCAGAAAAUAAGUACCGGUAUUUUUAGAUACUUGAAGGUGGUUUGGAAAUGGCCCUGCCACGGAGCAGUUGAUUUGGGAUGUUGCGAAAGGCCAGCAGAUUAAUUAUUUAAUAUUUUUAUUAUUAUUACAUCCCACACCCAAGGAAGAAGCAGUUGUGGGAUUUCCCCCCCCCCUACAGUUGUUGACAUCCAUAUGUCUGGUGAACUGAAGUCAGUGCUAUUUUUCAAGAAAAAGAGGUGCUGGAACUCACAAUGAACUCCUCCCUUGUCUUAUAAUGGCAAUGGCACCCACCUGAGAGGUGCUGGAGCUGAGUUAUGGCGGGGAAAAUCCCUGGGUGAAGUCAAACUGUUGGAUAGUUACAGCGUCUGCUGUGGCUGUAGAGACUGAUAUGGGAGAGACAUGUUUUGUUGUUGCUGGGGCAGAUGGAAGGCGUCCGGUGCUGCUGCUGCAGAUGUUGUUUCUUUUUGUGCUCCUCCCAGCGGUCAUUCCUCCUCUGGUCACUGCUGUGGAUAUACAACUUGACCGUUUUGUCUCCAGGCACUGCAAGGACAUAUGGCAGGACAGGCCCAUGCAGAGUGGGGGGCAACUGGGUACACUUGCCCCAGGCUUCAGGGGGCUCAGUUGGUUGGGGCCCCCCACCAAGGACCAGCUGAAUUUUUGUCUGUUUAUAAUUUUAUUCUAACAAGACUCCUGCUCCAGGUCUCAGACAAGCUCUGCACAGGCCUGUGACAAAGUUAAUGUUGCCAGUCCUUCCUGUCGCAUUAGCAGACAUCUUUGUGCUGCAGAAUUGGUCUGCCGAUAGGCCUUGUCCCUGAAGCCAGCUCUCCAUAGAGUACGUCCUUGGGGAUCCUGCCAUCUUCCAUUCUGUGCUGCUUAGUGUCCCUCAAGUGUCCCAGAAACUUUGCCAGCUUUACUGUGCAUCUUGACUCCAUCUCAGGCACAAAGUGUCUUGGGCCACCCCUGGAAUAGCAGGUUUUCAUAGUGCACUUGUUUUCACAUUGGGGAGUAAGCAGAUGUUGUAGGCUUUUGAAUUGCCUGCCAAACCUAUUUAACCCAAGGAAAUAGCGUGGAAUGUGAUGGCUCUUUCUCCAAAAUGCCUCCUGCAUCUGCCUAAAGCUGAUGAGUCUCUUCUGGCACCAACAGUUGCAGGUGCUUCAUUCCAGCUCAGAUUUCUUGUCUAUCUAAGCCAAUAUUGUCCACUCUAACUGGCAGCAGCUUCUGAUCAGUGCCGGCCCUUCACAUUAGGUGUGAAGAUUUGAUGUGAAGUUUAAAGCUUCGUAAGUUCAAAAACACAUUGCUAGGUAGGUUAUAUACCAUGGUGACAUGAUAGAAAGUUAUAAAACUGUACAUGGGAGAAAGAGAAAGUGGAAAGAGAAAUAUUUUUUCUCCUUCUCUCAUAACAUUUGAAUCUGUGGGCAUCCGGUGAAGCUGAAUGUUGGAAGAUUCAGGGCAGAUUUUAAAAAGCUUAUUCACACAGAGCAUAGUUUAAUUGUGGAACUCCCUGCCCCAGGAAGCAGUGAUGACCACCAACUUGGAUGGCUUUAAAAGAGGAUUAGACAGAUUCAUGGAGGGGAGUUUUAUUGAUGGCUAAUAGCCAGAUUGGCUAUGCUCUGCCUGCAUGGUCAGAGGCAGGAAUGCUUCUGAAUACCAGUUGGUGGGACCCUCAGGAGUGGAGAGCGCUCUUGUGGGCUCUCUGAUCCUGCAGGCUUUCUCGGUGCUCAUAUUCUAUCGCUGCACGUGUGACUUUUUCAAAGAAGUGUGUGUUCCAUUGGAAAGCCUUGCUGCGUUACAUAAUGCGGCCAGUGAUGCUGCUCUAAUGUGACAUUUGCCUGCUCAACUUGGAGAGGAAAGGAACACUGUUCCAUCGCCACGCUCGCUUGGAACUGCCGGUGAACCUGUCCUCCGUUCACAAGCCUGGCUUGCUCCUACCCACCCUUUGCAGAAGAAUGAUCAUUUCUCUUCCCUGCACCCCCUUUAAAUAUCCCGUCACCAUAGCGACUGCUGGAACAGGGUGCCUCGCUGGCAGGCGGGUGCCAGCCUUCCCUGAGUGGCUAUGGCUGUUGCGGCAGAAAUAAUCGGUUUGCUAUUUUUAAUAAAGUGUGUUGAAGGAGGCGUGAUUGACAGCUCGGCCCAGGGGAACCAUUGCAGGUGGGGAGGAGGGAGGUUAUCCCUCAAAGCGAGGGGGGCGUCACUGAACCACGAGUAAAACGGAGGUUAUGGAUUGGGGCCUGGGGCUCAGCGGUGGACCAUGUGCUCUAUGCAUGCAGAAGGUCUUCGGCGAAAAAGGAUCUGGCACAGAAGCAGGGGAGCAUUUGCAGCCCCAGGGCCACAUUCCAGAGGUGACAGUUGUAAUUUUUAGCUUUGUAUUGCAGGCUAGCUUCCACACACUCCGGCACACCACUGGUGGGAGGGUGUUCCACAGGGCAGGUGCCACCACCAAGAAGGCCCUCUGCCUGGUUCCCUGCAAGCUCACUUCUUGCAGUGAAGGAACCGCCAUAAGGCCCUCGGAGCUGCAUCUGUAUGAACACUUGUCUGUUUCUCAGCCCUGGAUGUCUCCCUAAGCUCUUAAUGCUCAAGUUCUCUCCAGAGAGGUGGUGCUUUUGGUUAUGCAACAACGCCGAUCCCUCUCUUUCUCCCUGAGCAAUCCAACUCAACUCUCUUCCUCUUGGGACUUUUUGCUCUCCAUAUGCCCUUGGAUAUAUUCUGCCUGCCCACCCCUUGCCAGUUUCUCCUGUUUCGUGUCUUUGCUUGCUCCACCCACGCGCCAUGCCCACUGCGUCGGCGGGUCCGAAAUCCUGAGGAAUCAGCAGUUCAGCUUGUGCGACGACGCAGGGGAAGCCGGCUGACGACUCAGCUGUUUUCUUUUUAGCUGGGCCCGGACCGCUGAGCGCCCUCGGAGGCAGCCACGCUGUCGAACUUGGCAGGAUCCGCUCCCAAAGUUUCCUUGCAUCGGUAGCUCCAGGCAGAUCUUAUUCUGUGGCCCCUGCUAUCUCUACAUUCCUUCAGGCCACAAGGACUGGGAGUGGAUAGUUUAUUAGUGGCACUGACAGCAUUUAGCCCCCAAAAUGGCUUGUGGUUUUAACUGGACUGCUGCCUCGUCUUCUCCCAGCUCAGAGGCUGCAGUCUGAGCGGGAUCAGGGCCUUCGUCUCGCCGUCUAAUUAUGGGCCUGUCCAAACAUUGUGGCUUCCUUUUCUUUCCCUUGUGAUUAUGGCCAGUGUUUCUGAAAAGAGUCCACGUCUCCCUUCCCUGCCAGCGUCCCUCAGUUUCUCUUUCUGCGAGCUAAGCCUUGCGUGGGCAGAGCGGCUUCCUGACCUCCCCGCUUCUGUGUUGUGAAUCCAGCAGGCACCAGAAGCCGCCUUUUAUACCAAAUAAACAUCUAGUCUAGAUUCUCCGCCUUGAUCCCCCCCAUUCUUUUUUUACCUGGAGAUGCUUUCAGGAAAUUGAACCCGGGACCAUGCCAGGCAGGCACUCUGCCUCUGAGAAAUAGCCCUGUCCCGUAACAGCACAGUAAGUGGCCUUAUGCUGUUUAAUAAAUAAUAAUAAGAAAUAAUAAUUUUUUAUUUAUACUCCGCCCUUCCCGGUUUAGAAAACCAGGCUCAGGGCGGCUAACAACAAAUUUAAAGCACUUAAUGGAUGCAACAAAAAAACAGCAUAAAAUACAGUAUAAAACGCGAAUAACAAUAAAUUCAGAACUCAAAAAUCAAUUUAGGGGGGAAAUCCAUCCAAUAAACAUUAGAUGAUCACCUGGGCUAGCUGGCUAAAUUAGUCCUAUUUGGGCCAGCGAGGUGACCAGGGGAGAAUUAGCUGUGGGAUCCCAGAGUGGGUAAUCUUCAUAAAAAGAGGAGGGGGAGGGAAGAAAGGGAAAUAAAAGAUCAGGCUAAGUGCAAGUUGAAAGCCAGGCAGAAUAGCUCUGUCUUACAGGCCCUGCAGGAGGAAGUUAAAUCCUGCAGGGCCCUGGUCUCAUGGGACAGAGCGUUCCACCAGGUCGGAGCCAUCACACAGGUCGGAGAAGGCCCUGGCCCUGGUGAAGGAUAAUCUGACUUCCUUAGGGCCCGGGACCUCUAAACUAUGAUUAUUCAUGGACCUUAAGGUCCUCUGCGGGGCAGACCAGGAGAGGCGGUCCCAUAAAUACGAGGGCCCUAAGUCCAUCUAACUCAGUAUUGUCAGCACUGACUGGCAGCGGCGCUGCAGGAUUUCAGAUGGGGGUUCUCUCUCCCAGCCCAGAUCUUCAGGCAAAGGGGACAUUCCCAGGUUGAACCCUGGGACCUUCUGCAUGCAAAGCAGGCGCGCUCCCACUGAGCUGUUCCCUUGGGAAUAAGGGUUCUAGUCCUCAUGGUUCCUAGCGUAAGGCGGAUUGAAUUGGAACCUAGGAAGCUGCCUUAUACUGAGUCGGGCCACUGGUCCAUCUAACUCAGUGUUCUCUAUGCUGACCGCCAGGAGAUCUGCUCUCCCGGGUUUCAGCUGGGGGUUGAUCCCGUGGGUCUUCUGCAUGCAUGGCAGUUGCUCUGCCACUGAGUUGUGCUCCUCCUUCUGCCUCGUGGGGGAAGAACACCCUGCUCCUUAAUUCCAAAUAUUCAGUUGCUCAGUAUGGAAGGAAUGGCAUGCCUCCAUUCCUUGGUCGUCUUACACCCUAUCCCAGCAACGAUGGAUCAGGCAAUUAAUUAAUUUGUUGGCCACCCGAUACAGGGCAGUUUCUUGCAAUCAAGCUUGCUUAAAACGGCCACCCAUAUUUAAGAGAUCGCGGCAUAAAACACCACCCUCCGCAGGGCGAGCAGUGAUGGACACGUAACAGCAGCUAGUAAUUUUAACAACUGUUUUGUGUGUGUGUGUGUGUGUGUGUGUGUGUGUGUUUUAAAAAUGUUUUUAUAUUGCUGCACACUGAUGAAUACUUUAAUGACAGUAAUACCAGAUCAGAUCAUAAUAAAUAAUCACAGAGACUGGAUCGAGCGGCAAUAGCUUCAUUUUGUUUCCUUGCACUUGAGGGACGUCCAUCUGUAGGAACGCAAAGCCAGCAGAUUCAGAGUGUGCAAGCUCAGAAGGAAAAGGAGAACAGUCUCCAGAUGAGCGGCUUCUUCUUUUUGCCCCUGUUUCUCAAGCACUUCUCUUUUUCAUCAUUCUGAUGAUGAUCAUCACUAUUAUUAUUUCUUUCCUCUGGCUCGCUAAGUGCUCUCUUCCUCUUUGGGGUGGGAGGGGAAGCUUAAAAGUGGUUGUGUGGAAAACCACCCUGUGUCCAAAAAUACAAGGCUUGGAAAAGGCAGCCAGGAAGCCGAGAGCUGCUUGGCGUUCUUUUGUAACAGCUCCCUUGAGCCUAAAAAAACUGAUUUCCUCCCUCCUUGACUUUCUCCUCUGGCAGAAUAAUGGAAGAAGCUGUUUUCACAACUCCCUUCCACUGUGUUUCUGUUUAACUGAAGCUCUUAAAUUUGCAUGCUGCGGGGCAAAGGAGGAGAAGGUGUAUGCUUUUUUUUUAAAAAAAAGAGAGAAACUUAGGUUUCUAGUCCUCAUGGGUGCAGACAUAAAUCUGUUUUUAGCCCACCAUCAAUUUUAAUUACUAAUACCUGAGGGGUUGUUUUUAACUGUCUUUUUAUUGACAGUUUUAUUGUUUUAUUCCUUUUGUGAAGCGUUUUGAAGUUUGUUCGUUGUACAGUAGUUUGGUUUUUUUUACAGCCAAGCAGUAUAUAAAUCUUGUGAAAUAAUAAAAUAAAAUAAAAUAGAGGUACCUUUGACCACAGUACAGUUGACAAACAGGGUGUAGCAAAAACUUCUUUAAAAGGAAACACAGAUUUUUUCCGCCACAGAAGCCUGCAUUUCAUCAACUGUACAUGCAUUCCACAAAUUAUCCCCACUGGCCCUGUUUCCUGUCACAAGGAGCGGGCAGCUGCUCUGCAAGGCAGGUUGGCAUCUCCUCACCUACACCCCCCACCAAAAAAAAUCCCUUUCUUAUUUCUGGGAAUCUUAUUUGGCAAGCUUUCUGGCUCCUGAGAUUUCUCUAGGAGUCGCCUGUCUGCUUUCAAGGGCACAUCUGCAUCCAUGAGGACUAGAAACCUGCAGAGCAUCCCCUUUUAAAAACACAACAGCAGAGCUUAAAUUCUCCAGAAAGCGUAAUUCUGCUCAUUUUAACAUGUUAUGUCAUUUUGUAACCUCAAGUCACUCGGGGCUUCCUUUGGUGGCAGUGAUGAGCAGAGGCUGAUUGACACUGAGACCAGUCUCCUUAGGUUGUUCGUAGAAUCAAAGAGUUGUAGCCUUGGAAGGGGCCCCAAAGGUCAUCUAGUCCAACCCAAGUCUGGAUUGGCUGUUGUGUGUCUUGGCUUCCCUGUUCCUUUUUCACCUCGCCAUCCGUGCUCUCGUUUCAACCAGAACUUUGCUCUUUGGCACCACGACUCGCGCAGCAGCGAGGGGUCCCAGAAGGACCCCUUCUAUAUACUGUUAUUCCUUCCUGCCUGAUGCUCUUAGCAGCUCCGGGAGAUGGCUGGAUAUAGCCUCACCCGCUCCGUUUCCCACAAUGCCCCUGGUCCGGCAUCACCCUGAGGAAUUGUGGGAAGUUUCCUUGUCACCUUGUCAUUCGCCUUUUCUGAGACUGGGGCGGGGAGACAGGCUUCAGACCCCACAAGAGGGGUGGGACCUCAAACUCCACCUUCUGCCACCGGCCCUGAUCCGCAUCCUGCCCCUCAAGUGUCCCGAAUGAGGAGGUGAACCCUGCACCAAGAGGCUGCUCUCCCCAGAGAUCCCUUGAAACACAGAGCCUUGGGGACAACCCUCCACUGUUGUUGAUCUUCAGAGGGUUGGCGCAGGCCAAACCCACCGCCCAGGAGCACCAGAGGAACUUCUUUUUUUUUUUUUUGAAUAAUUUUUAUUAAGGUUUCAAUCAAAAAUUGAACAGAAAAAACAUAAAAAAGAUACACAAAUACACAAUGCAAAUCCCAGAAAAAAUAAAAUAAAAUAAACACAAAAAGCAAGAAUCAACAAUAAAAAAAGAAACAUAACAAUUAAAAACAAUAUCUCUUUUCCAUUCCCGUAUUUGAAUUUACUUAUUUUCUGGACUUCCUCAUACCUCCCUCUUUUGUAUUCCAAUCCAAAUUGUUUGUCCAGCAAUUUCUUUUCCACUUUUUUAAUCCCAAUCUUUAAUCUUAAUAUAAUAUAUAACACUUAGACUUCUUUAAUCCUAAUCUUUAAUCUUAAUGUAAUAUAACAUUAAAUUUUUACCUCUUAAGUGCCGAAUUUCCAUUUCCUUAAACAUCUUUAAUCCUAAUCUUUAAUCUUAGUCUAUCAAUAACUUUAACCUGUACAGCUGGAAACCACUUAUUUUCAUUCCAACAUCACUCUAACAUUCCUUAAUUUUGCAAUGUUUCUGAAGAUAAUCUUUGAAUUUCUUCCAAUCUUUCUCCACCAACUCUUCUCCCUGGUCACGGAUUCUGCUAGUCAUUUCCGCCAGUUCCAUAUAGUCCAUCAGUUUCAUCUGCCAUUCCUCCAGCGUGGGAAGUUCUUGUGUCUUCCAAUACUUUACGAUGAGUAUUCUUGCUGCUGUUGUUGCGUACAUAAAGAAAGUUCUAUCCUUUUUUAACACCAUUUGGCCGACUCACCAGAGGAACUUCUGCCUAGCACACGGAAGCGCUUUGGUUCUUCCCAGCCGCUCCCUUGGUCCAAGAGAGGGUAUGGUGGCGCCUCUUGCUAAGCCAGCCUUGGGGAAGCUGGCUAGGGAGGAAUCGGCUGGGCUGUUUAUAGCUGUCCGCCACAUAAUUGUGCACAGCUGUCUGAAGUUAAGCCCUCUCCGCACAGGUCCCUUGCUGUCUUUUUUAGCAUGGAAGCUGGCAAUUUUUUUAAUAAUUCGAGAGAGAGCAAACAGCCUGCCAUGAUAGAUGGAACCAGCUGCUCUCCUGGACGCAGUGGUGAGAGGGAGAUAAGAUUUCCUUUUUUUGAGUCUGGAGUCUUAUUUAGGGUCAGAAUUAAAUACAGCCAAGGAAGGCGUGUAGCUCAGGGGCAAAGUGCCUGAUCUGCCUUCAUUCAGAAUCAUGAGGACUAGGAUCUUGGGACAGUUCACUGGCUGAGCACCUUCUUCGAUGCAGAAGCCUGCAGGUGUAAUUGCCAGGCAGGGCUAGGAAAAGGGGCAACACAGGGUCCUUGCUUUGUAGAAGCACAUCUGCCAGCCUUCAGGCAGCCGGCCUUGAUCUUGCCCAUCGCACAAGUUAAUCGGGAUCUGAGCGCCGGACAAUGAGGUCAGCAACCCGCUCUUGUGCUUUUGCGUGCCUACGCAGAAGAAAAUUUCUCCUGCACGCAGAGCGUCUGUGAAACUAUCAAGGCUAGGUAGCCUUUGGCUAGGCCUGUCCUCUACGAUUUUGACAUCCUGUGGCAAUGAGUUCCAUAGGUUAAUCCCACCCUUGCGUGCAGAAGCACUUCCUGCUGGUCAGUCCUGAAUCCAAUGGCCAACCUGGAUCUCUAGCAUUAGAAAAGAGCAAGGGGACCUCCAUUUGCUCUCUGCCUCUCCAAUACAUUUGUCAUUGCAAGCUUUUCAGAAUCUUUUCCCCAGCCCUGCCUGGGAUCGAACUUGGCACCUCUUCUGCAUGCAAGCCAUGCCCCCCCCCAGAGCAACGCUUACAGGAAACCCAAGCGCCUGCCCUCUGCACCAGGUUAUAACAAUUAUCCUUCUGGCUCUGCCUUUGCCUUGCUGGGACCACCAGUGGCCCUCCAGGGCAUCGGACAGAGAAGGGUCCUUUGAAUCUGGGACCUAAGACCGUAACAAGAGCCUGCUGGGUCAGGCCAGUGGCUCAGCUAGUCCAGCAGCCUGUUCUCCUAGCGGCCACCCAGAUGCCCGUGGGAAACCCGCAAGCAGGAUUCGAACACAAGAGCAACUCCCCCUUCCUGCAGUUUCCAGCAGCAGGUAUUCCAAAGCAUUGCUCUCUUCACUAUGGAGGCACAGCCUAGCCACAAAUUUGCCUCUUUUAAAGCCAGAGCAAGUUUAAUUUUGUGCUGCAUGCAGAAGUCCAUCCCUUCCACUUUGCAGAAAUCUACACCCCCCCCCUGAAACUCCUCUGGUCCAGGUAGGCUCCCUGGCUGGUUACCCCCUCCCCUUCCUCACAGCCUGCUAGUGAGCUGCCUUCUGCCUGUGUGUGUAUGUGCGUACUGAAUGCCAAAAAAAGAAAGGGAGGGGGAAGAAAUGGAACCACCACCCUCGUAAGCUUCCGUCUGUGAAUCAUUUCUCAAGCAGCCGCUCUCUCUCUCUCUCUCUCUCUCCUUCAUUGCAAUGUGGUUUUCCGACCAGAGUAGCUCCACAGAGUUCUGCAUUCUGAGUCUGGUGUGCAGAUGCUGCUCAGGCGAGGCUGGAGGCGGACGGCACUCCUGUUGAUGCAGCAAAGAGCACGAUCCCACGGCACAAGUGAGUCCCCCUCUCUGCAUUUUUAAAAUCUUAUUUAUCGGCAGGGAUGGAGAGAUCCAUCUCUCCCUCUUUCUCUCUCUCUAUCUCUGCCCCCCAAUGUGUUUUGCCAGCUGGUGGGGAUUCCGGGAUGCUUUAGAAAUAGCCCCCUAUGGGGCAACGGGGUGGGGAGCUGGACCGUAUAUUCUCCCCCCACCCACCCAGCCUUUUGAGCCAGCACCCUGCCGGAAAAAGGCUGCUCGGCUUCUGCUUUUUCCGAGACCUUCCCGCGCCCUUCCGCUGGAUUGCAGAGAGAGAGAGAGAAACCUCAGAAGACGUGGAACGUGGCUUCCCUUUUUCCUUGCAGAAGCUGACACGCUUUGCAAAAAAAUAAUAUUAUUUCGCCUCCCUGUGUCUCCUGAAUCUAGCAGAGGCUCCUGUGCAUGCAUGUGUGCUUAGCCGGAUUAAAGGACCUGCUGUGGUUGCUGUCAGUUGCUCCCCCCUCCCCACCUCUGCGGAGUUUCCUUAGCGACAGAGACGGGCUGAGCGUCUCUCGGCUUCGUGCAAAAGCAUCUCUGGAUCAGAGCAUCUCAGCCAGGCUUUUGCUUCUCCAACAGAGCCGGGCUGGCGCUCCUGGGAAGCCCAGGGGCACAAAUGCAGCAUGUCUCCCCUCUUCCACUCCUUAUUUUACUCUAGCAUCUGGGGGUACACUCUCUCUGCACCUGGAGGCUCCACCUGAGUUUGGCUUCUCCCUCCCCUGGAGUUUGCUUAGCAACAGCAACCCAGGAGCGUUCUCCAGGGCUGCUCUGCUAUGGAUUGCCUGGAAUGAGGAAGGCUGAGAGAAGACAGGUGGCGGUAGUUGUAGCUCAGUUCAGGAGAUGUAGCAGGUGGCCUGCAGGAAGAAGGUUCCAGGUUCGAUCCCCGGAAAGGACCAGAGAGAGCGGCUGAUAAGGAGGGGGAUGGGGGUAGGAAGACCUGUCUCUGGGAUGGCAGAGAUUCUGUCUGCAGCAGAUGACAUUGAGCUGCAUGAAUAAACAUAGUCUGGUCUGAACAUGGGAAGCUGCCUUCUGCUGAGUCAGACCACUGGUCCAUCAAGCUCAGUAUUGCCAGCACUAGCAGGCAGCGGCGCUCCAGGGUUUCAGAAGGAGGGACAAUCGUGGCUCUGGGAUUGAACCAUGCAGACUCUCCCCGUGACCUACACCAAAUUGUUCUGAAUUGAGGGGCUGAUUCGAAAUACAAACACAGGGAGGUGCUUUACACAGAGGCAGAACGUUGGCCCAUCUAGCUCAGUAUUAAGGACACUGACUGGCAGCAGCGUCUCUCCAGGGUUUCAGGCAGGGAGUCUCUCCCCCAGCCCUACCCAGAGAUGCCAUCAGGGAUUGAACCAGCAACCUUCUGCAUGCAAAGCAGGUGCCGUACCACUGAACUACAGCCCCAUCCUCCAUAGUCUGCAAAAUAACUAGUUCCCAGGGUUCCUUUUGGAGGGGAAGGCCAUCAUCUCCAGAUCCUUCCUCAUGCUCGGCGAGGGCCAACGAGAGUUGGGAGCCCAUCUCGUCCACCACCCUCAGUUCAAGGUUCUCCUUGCUCCCGCAGGAGGCAGUGACAGCCACCAACUUGGAUGGCUUUAAAGAGGACAUGACACAUUCUUGGAAGAGAAGUCUGUUAAUGGCUCCUAGCCACAGUGGCUGUGUUCUGCCUCCACGACUGGAGGUAGUAAGUGCUUCUGAACAUCAGUUUCCUGGGAAUCGCAGGUGGGGAGAGCUGCAGCGGAUGCCCAGGUCCUGCUUGCUUGUUCGCUAUCCAUGGGGUGGAGUGGGUCAGUGCGUCUGGCUGUUAACCAGAAGGUGGGUGGUUCGAGCCCACCUCGAGGGCUGGACUAGAUGACUCUCAGGGUCCCUUCCAAAUCCAUGAUUCUGGGAUCACGUCACUUCUAGGAUUCUAUGUGCAGCUGCUUGACUAUUGUUGGGAACAGGAGGCUUGCCCAGGUGGGCCACUGGCCUCAUCCAGCGGGCUCGACUUCUUCUGUCACGUUCCCAGUGACAGCAGGCGAGAAAGGGGGGGGGGAUAUAUUGCAGAAGCAGCAGAACUGAAGGCAGGCAGGACAGGGAACCGGCCAGGCUGGCUUGGGGGCUGAUGGGAUUUAGAGUCCAGCAACAUCUUCAGGAAUUCCCCUUUGCUGUUGAAUGGGUCACAGCACGUGAUCAGAUUCCUUGCCGAGUGGGCAGCAAUGCCUGCUCUCUCCUGUCAGCCACAGAUGGCAGCUAAUACGCGCCUCCGUGUAUAAGGGCAGCGUCCCCAAGAUUGCCAGCCACCGUAGGAGAAUAUCCAGUGACUUCGCGUCUGGCUGUUGCGCUCCCCAAAUUCGCCCGCUUGGCUACUGUGGGGAACAGGAUGCUUGUGAAUAGGGGGGCCUUUGGCCUGAUCCAGCCCAGGCACUUCCAAUGCUCUUAUUGCACUGAGUGAAAGGAGGAGAUGCUAUUCACCUCCCCACUCCUCAAAUCAUCUUUGUUUUAUAGUUUUGCCCCUUCCAGCAUUCUUUGGUUUUUGGAUGCAUUUUAUUAUUAGGUUAGACCAUCAGGAGAGAGCCUGAGUGCUGGAUCAGGCCCAUCUAACACAGUAUCCUGUCCCCACAGUGGCCAACCAGAUGCCCCAAAUGGGACCUCAGCACAAGAGCAGCUCUCUGCCCACUUGCGAUUUCCAGCAACUGGUAUUCAGCACUGACUAUAUCUCCUAGAGCUCUAGGGAUCGACUGAUGAGAUCGAUUGGCAGAAUAAUAGAAUAUUAGAUUUGGAAGGGACGCGUAAGGGUCAUCUAGCCCAACCCCCUGCAAUGCAGGAGUCGCAGCUGAAGAAUCCCUGACAGAUGGUCAUCCUGCCUCCACUGGAGAAGAUUCCUCCAUCAUCUGAGGUAGUCCAUUCCACGCAAAAGGAAUAGGAAGGAGAGAGGCCUUUUCCUUGCGAUGUAUUAAGAUUAUGUAGAAACCUGGGUUCAAAACCUGUAUUUACCCACAAAGGUUCCCAGGUGACCUUGGACCAAACCUCAACUUUUAAACUUUUUAUUCAUAUGUGUAAUGAGUGGGGAUGGGGGAAAAGAACUCAGUUUGGUUCUCAUUUUAACACAAACCCACCUGAACCAAUAAAAGUUAAAGGGACACCUGACCAUUAGGUCCAGUUGUGGCCGACUCUGGGGUUGAGGCGCUCAUCUCGCUUUAUUGGCCGAGGGAGCCGGCGUUUGUCCACAGACAGCUUCCGGGUCAUGUGGCCAGCAUGACAAAGCCGCUUCCGGCGAACCAGAGCAGUGCACGGAAACGCCGUUUAUCUUCCCGCCGGAGCGGUACCUAUUUAUCUACUUGCACUUUGACGUGCUUUCGAACUGCUAGGUUGGCAGGAGCAGGGACUGAGCAACGGGAGCUCACCCUGUCGUGGGAUUCGAACCGCCGACCUUCUGAUCGGCAAGCCCUAUACGCAAACCCAAAAAUUUCUCUCUUCUGUGUAAUCCACACUCUUCCCAACUUUGCGGUCCUGUUCUCCAACCAGAAGUAAUUGCCAUGGGAUGUUGCAGCGGCUACUGGGAUAAGUGUUUGGGUAGGUUUGUGGAGCCUUGUUCUCUUGUCAGACCUCCUGCCGUCUGAGUCGCUGCUGCAUCCCAGGGUGGAGAUGGGUAGGAGCAAUGCAGUGACAGUGCAGUUCAGGUGUGCCAGCAGGAGCCUCGCCCCUACCCUGCUUCCCCCAGGUAUGCAGCACCAACCAGGUCGGUGGGAGGUCAGGUACGUAGUGCAGCCUACCAUGUUUUACGGCGGGGCCUUCUCAUUGGUGGCACCCCAAUUGUGGAAUAUCCUUCCCUGGCAACUUUGAGAUUGGGCUGGUACGACAUGGACUAUCUUUUGGCACCAGGUAGAAGCAUUUAUUCCGCCCCCCCCCCCAACGUGUUUUGAGUUGUCAGGAUCAGCCUAUGCUGUGUAGAAGAUGCAACAGAUGUGUGGAGUGGGGGUGUGUGUUUCACUCAGUUUUUUAGACUGUGAACUGUAGAUUCUGUGAAUAUAUUUUUGAUGGGUUGGUUUUGAGGCAGCGUUUGGAUGCUGCGACCCUGCUUGAGGUCUUUGUAUGAUAAAGAGCCGUAGCUCCAUAGUAGAGCAUUUUCUCUGCAUUCAGUCCCUGGUGGCAUCUCCAGGUCAGGCUAGUUGAGACUCCCUGUCUGAAAUUCUGGAGAGCUGCUGCCAGUCAGUGUAGGCAGUACUGAGCAAGGUGAACAAUGCCUAGCUAGAUAACUCUGUGAGACUGCCCGUGUUUUGGAUGCUGAAGGGUCUGGGUUCAGUCUCCAGACUUAAAAAAGGAUCCAGCUCGCAGACUCUCCUAUUAAGCCACCCCUUAAUUCAGAACCAUGAGGACCAGAAUCUUGCCAGGUAGACCAACGGAUUUGGCUCAGUAAAAGGGCAGCUUCCUGUUUAAGGCUGUGGGGUAUAUGCAGGUAGGAUAGAAAUAAAUACUGCUUGAAAAGAACUAAGGAUUUACUUUUAGCACUGUAAACAAUAAUUUCCACACACUUAAAUAACCAGCGAAAAUGACAUAGCCGUUCCACUUAAGCCCACGUUGCCCCAGGGCCCGUUCGUCACUCUGUCCUGUGCAGGGUGUCACGCUCUUGAGUCCCAGGGGUUUGCGAGUUAUUCUGCAAAUAUAUGGCAAGUAUACUUUUAAAAACAGCAGUAAAUCUAGAAAAGCUCACCGAACUGGGGGAGCUUCUUGCAAAAGCUCGGCUUUUCAUCGCUCCUUCCUCCUCCUCCUCCUCCUCCUCCCCACGUGUCAGUGAGUUCUGGCUGAUGCAUCGCGACGAAUCUUAGCACACAACAAUUCCUUUCUGUCCCUCGUGGAAUGCAAGGCUGCCGUUUGCCAGGAAAUCUAGAGAGCCAGGGUGGUGGGUGGAGUGAAGUUUCAGAUCCAGCUGAGAGAUAAGAGGGGGCAGAGCCAGGCUGCUGCAGGAUCAGGCCCAAGGGGGCCUGCCCAGUGCAGGAUCCUGUUCUCACAGCAGCCAGCCAGAUGCCCCUAGUGGGAAGCCUGCGAGGAGGACCUAGGGGCAACACAGAACCCUUUCCCCAUGUGCAACUGCCCAGCAACUGGUAUUCAGAGAGGCAGAUUGCCUCCAUCCCUGGGGGUAGAUUGUGUGGCGGCAAAAGGCCUCUUCGAGAAAGGGUGGGGUGUUCUGAAGCCCACUGAUUUUUGCGUGUGGCUGGGGAGAAAGCUGGAGAAGGCUGGCAUCAGGGUUAGGCUGCAAUGAGAUUGCAAACUGGAGCGCUAACAAAGGCAGACUCUUGUAACUGUUGGGCCAGGGCUGGCUAACCCAGCUCCCAUCAUUCCUUCAUGUAGUAUCCAAGUCAAGGGAAGUCAUAGUCCAGGAGUCCGCAAACUUUUUCGGCAAGGAGCCGGUCCACUGUCCUUCAGAUCUUGUGGGGGCAGACGGCGGACUAUAUUUUGGGGGGGAAAUAGAACGAAUUCCUAUGUCCCACAAAUAACCCAGAGAUCCAUUUUAAAUAAAAGGACACAUUCUGCUCAUGUAAAAACACGCUGAUUCCCAGACUGUCCGCAGGCCAGAUUUAAAAGGCGAUUGGGCCGGAUCCAGCUCCCAGGCCUUAAUUUGCCUACCCAUGUCAUAGUCCCUCUCUCUUCUGCCUUGGUCAGGCCCCACUUGGAGCCCUGUGUCUAGUUCUGGGCGCCACAGUUUAAGAAGGACGUUGACAAGCUGGAAGGUAUGCAGAGGAGGGAGACCAGGAUGACCAAGGGUCUGGAAACCAAGCCUGAUGAGGAACGGUUGAAGGAGCUGAGUAUGUUUAGUCUGGUAAAGUAGAGACUGAGAGGAGAUAUGAUAGCUAUCUUCAGAUCUCUCAAGGGCUGGAAGAGGGAGUGAGCUUGUUUUCCCCUGCUCUGGAGGGCAAGAAAGGAGAUUGCGACUCAACAUCAGGAUGAACUUUCCGACAGCAAGAGCCGUUCGACAGUGGAAUGGUCUCCCUCAAGAGCUGGUGGCCUCCCCUUCCUUGGAGGCUUUUAAGCAGAGGUUGGAUGGCCCUCUGUCAUGGAUGCUUUAGCAUCUCACUCAGAGCUCCUUUCCUUGGCUCUCUUAAUGGCCCAUCACCCAAGCGAUCGCCUCAACGCAGGAAGCUAGUCUGGCUUAUAUCUGAACACUUUCUUCAUCCAGGAUUUCGAAGGAUCUUGCAAACAGCCUCCUCCCCCUCCAAACUCAUAACAAUAUUUAUCAAUUCCUGGUUGCUCCUGUAGAACAAUAGAAUUGCAGAGUUGGAAGGGAUCCCAAGGGUCAUCUAGUCCAACCCCUGCAACGCAGGAACCUUUUUGCCCACGACCCAGAGAUUCAGAGUCUUGUGCUGUACCAACCGAGCCGACAGGACUGUCUCUAUAUUUCACUGGACUGGAAAAGUCCAGUCUGUGUUUACAGGAUUGCCAGGCAGUUCUGAUUGGGUUUUGUUCACCUCCCCUCCAUCUACCUGAGGCUCCUAGCCCACAGGUCUAAAGUCUGUGAGCCAAACUCCCAGCCGCUGCUCUUCCUGGCUCUUCCAAGCCCCAAAAGAAGCCAGUCAGGGAGUGCUUUGUGGGCUGCAGCUUUCUCUAUUAGAAAACCCCAGCCAUUCUUCUCCCAUCUCUCUCUGUCUCAUGCUAAGGAAACUAUUUUCCUGCUGGGUGUCGGCAGUGCUGAUUGCAUAUCGAUUACCUGUCAAAUGCCUGCGGUGGCCUAGUUCGUUAACAUUUUUAAAUUGUAGCAUCAUGGGGCCUUUUCUGCGGGGCAGAAGCCCAGAGAUCCAGGCUGGUGAAAUUCUCCCUGCACACCAUUCACUGCACACCACAGGUUUUUCCCCCGCAGAGGGAACUCACAGGAACUCAGUUCUGGCACCUCUCGCCAUUCUGAGAGAACGAGGGAGGUGUUAAUGGCGAGUUCCAGCACCCCUUUUUCUAGAAAAAUAGCACUGGGUGUGUGUAUUGCGGGUUGGGGGUGCGGAGAGCAGGGAAUCCCCGGGCUUCCUGGCACCUGCUUGGGUUCCCCAUCAAUGUGUUUCACGAAUCUUCAUCUCCGUCAACCAUCCUCCCCAUCUAUUGGCUUGUGUCUGACCGAGAUGAGUCAGGAAGGAGGUUGGUAUCUCUCAAACGCUGCGGUUUCCAACGGGCUUCGAGGGAGUCUCUUUCGACCUCUCCUAGUCCUAUCUUGGCUUCGCUGCUGUUUCCUGACUUCUGUAACCCCCCCAGAAGGGAAGCUGUGACAACCUCCCCCUACCCCUCAACACCCCCCCCCGGAGCCUUUCUUUGACUCAUCUAUCUUUUUGCUUUAGUCAAAGAGCUUUGGGGUUUUGGUUUGGACCACCGCCCGAAGCUUCGAGGCACAUCUUGCUCUUCUUCCUGAUAAAAUAAUAAUAAUAAUAAAAUUUUAUUUAUAUCCCGCCCUCCUCAGCCGAAGCCGGGCUCAGAGCGGCUAACAACAAUAAAAGUAGCACAGCAUUCUAAAAUCAAUUCAUUCUAAAAUCAAAUCAAAUCAGAUUAAUGGCAACCAUUGGGCUAGAGUUCUGUGAGGAUUACCAAAGGAGGGGGUCAGGCUGUGCCUUGGUCAAAGGCCUGGUGGAACAGCUCUGUCUUGCAGGCCCUGCUGAAAGAUGUCAAGUCCCUCAGGGCCCUAGUUUCUUGUGACGGAGCGUUCCACUAGAUUGGGGCCACGGCUGAAAAGGCCCUGGCUCUGGUUGAGGCCAGCCUAACCUCCCUGUGGCCCGGGACCUCCAAGAUGUUUUUGUUUGAAGACCGUAAGGUCCUCCGUGGGACGUACCAGGAGAGGCAGUCCCGUAGGUACAAGGGUCCUAGGCCGUAUAGGACUUUGCUUUUCGAGGAGGGCUAAAAAAAAUCACCAGCCUCCUUUUGGAGAAGCCUGCUCUGCAUCUGUCGCAGGUGUGCCUUCUCACUGGAAGGCAGUGGGCCCCGCGCAGGGGUGCGAUGGGCACCCUCCUCUGAGUAUGGGCAAAUCUCUGUGCAUCUGCCUCAUGGGUGAUUGAAUUCGGCUGGUCAAAAGCUCUGUGCAAAGAUAUGGCAGAAUUAUUUGCAGAGGCUGAUCGAGAAGGAGAAUGAUGCCCAUCUUUAACCCUUAUCAGCCGAUACUUUGUCCCUUUCAACACAAACACAUCGCAGUGUCGCACCAGGAGAGGGUUAAGGGGUUGUCUCCCAGCAGAGGCCCCACGGCAACUAAUCUUAGCCAGCCGUUUCUGCUUUACCCAUGUGUUGGUUUUUUUGUACCGGAUGUCAAGAACACCAGUCCUUUGAAGGCAGGCGAGUGGGCGGGAGAGAAUUGAAAGGCAGCUUUUUAAUAAAAGACAAGCGGGUGUUCCUUCCUCGACAAGCACUAAUGACACGAAGGAUUGAUGGGCACCUGGUGCCCAGACAUACGUGGCAGGCGGGUCGCCGAUAUGUUUAUUAUUUGUGCUUUGAGGCCUCUUCCUGAAUCAAAUGGUUCCAGGGCCGGUUGCAAAACCAUCCCAGUUAAAAGCAUAUUAUGACUCUCAUGGAACCAUAGAGUUGGUCAUCUAGUCCAAGCCCCUGCAGUACAAGAAUUGCAACUAAAGAACCUUUGACAGAUGGCUACCCAACCUCUACUUUAAAAAUCCCAAGGAAGGAGAAUUCACCACCUUCUGUUCCACUGUCAAACAGCUCUCACUGUCAGAAAUUUGAACUUUUUAGGACCGCCUCUCCCCAUAUGAACUGACCCGGACUCUGCAAUCAUCCUCUGAGGCCCUUCUUCAUGAGAGUGUGGAGGGUGACAACACGAGAACAGGGCCUUUUCUGUGGUGUCUCCCCAUUUGUGGGAUGCUCUCCCCAGGGAGGCUCACAUGGCGCCUUCAUUGUACAGUCAUACCUCAUGUUAUGUCCGCUUCAUGUUACGUUCUUUCAGGUUAUGUCCCGUGGCGACCCAGAAGUAACAGAAAGGGUUACUUCCGGGUUUCGCCGCUCGCACAUGCGCAGAUGUGCAAAAUGACAUCACGCGCAUGCGCAGAAGUGGCGAAUCGCAACCCGCACGUGCGCAGACGCACUGCUGCGGGUUGCAUUCUUUUCAUAUUGCGAACGGGCCUCCCGAUCCCGUUCACAACCAGAGGUACCACUGUAUACUUUUAGGCACCAGGCAAAAACAUUCUUCUUCAUCCAGGCCUUGGUGCCAUGUUCCAGCACCCCUCAAACCACAGAGGGUGAUGCCAAGGGGGCCUCUUCUGCUGAUCUUAACCCCCGGGCAGACUGACAUGGAAGGAGACGGCCCUUUGACUGUUGGGGACCCCAGUCAUUUAGGACUUUACAUGACAGUGUUAACAUAUACUUGGGAGACACACCACUCAGUCUCGAAGCUUAUGGGCCACUUACAGCCUUUUUUCACCCUAACCUACCUUGCACUGUGGUUGUGGGGAGUAAAUGAGGAAGGGGAGGACCGUACUCGCGACCUUGACCUCCGCAGAGUAGAAAAGGUGGGAUGCAAAAGCAAUAAAUAAACAACAAACCUUCUUGCCUGCAGAGUUUAUGCCUGAGUGAUAAUUCAAGGCCUCUCGUCCCUCCAGUUUGCGGGGGGGGGGGGCUACUGUUGAGGGGGGGCCUUCUAAAACUGUGGCAGCUGAAAAUCACUCUUGUGAUCCUUCUGUGAUGUUGUCUGUGUGAAGAGAGAGAGAUCAGAGAACAUUUGGAAUAUCUCUUCCAGAUGCUGCGUCAGACUGCGCCAGAUGUUCUCUGCCUCUGCCAAGGAGUGGGGUGGAGAAAGGGGCUCAGCAGGCUGUCUGUCCCCAGGUCCUCCUCUACCUGGAGACAUUGUCUGCUUUGCAGGGCGGGCGGGUUUCAAAUUGCACCUGGGCAUCUGAAAUGAACAGGUACAUCAUACACAAAGGUCAUGUGGGCACAUGAUGGUGCGCUGGAAGGUAUUUCUAUUCCAAUAAUCGCUACUGCUUCUGUGGUGGUGUGGUGCAAUGGUUAGCGUGUCGGACUAGGGUUCGAAUCCCCACUCAGCCAUGAAGCUCACUUGGGCCAGCCACUGCCUCCCCCAGCCUAGCCUACCUCACAGGGUUGUUGCAGGAAUAAAAUUGGGGAAGGGAGCAACGUAUUCACCACCUUGAGCUCCCUGGAGGAGAAGGUGGAGUAUUACCUGCAACAAAUAAGUAAAUAAAAUGCAUUUAUACGUACCAUUUCAGCUGUGAGAAUAAGGCAAUCAAAUACAGGUUGUAGCCAAACAGAAAUAUAUGAAUCAAAAUUUUAUAUAAGAAUUAUACAUUAAUUUAGAACUUUACAAUAUACAUUUUAUUUCAUUUGUUUUAUACAACUUCUAUAUAGCAAGAAAACGAAACCCUCAAAGUGUUUUCUUAAAGAAUAUAUUUAUUCAUUUAAAAAUAUUUAUAUACCACUAUGCCAUUUUUAAAAAUGAAAGCAGUUUUGAGCAAUAAAACUUAAAACCAUACAAUGAAAACCACACAAGGGUCAAUGAUUGUGGAAGGAUUUUUUUAACUGCCUGCAUAAGCCUGGUGCAGCAAAAAGGUUUUCAGCCUUUAAAGGUGGGCACGAGAAGCCGGCAACCUUUCACAAGGAGAACUAAACUAUAAUAGUAAUAAAAAAAAAGACAUUUAAAUUAGUGCAUGUAAAGUAUAUUCAAAAUCAUACCCUUUCCCGUUCCUGUUUUGGAUGAUGUGCAGUGGAAAAUGUGUUGCACAUCUGCUCCGAUAAUCACAGUUACUUCUGUAUUUUGAAUCACAGAAUUGUAGAGUUGGAAGGGACCCUGGGGGUCAUCCAUCCCAACCCCCUGCAAUGCAGGAAUCAAUACCCCUAUGCAUCUAAAUUAGUAUGUGUAAAGCUGUUCCAAAUCUGCACUGGAACUGAAAAUAUUCCUCUAUGCCACAGGAGCGGCAAGGAUCUUAACUGCUAAAAACUGGAAAAAAGAAACUGUGCCAACAAAAAAGGAAUACCAAGACAAACUGUUAGAGUAUAUUGAAUUGGCUAGAUUAACAGAGGCAGUUAGAGAUCACACUAGACAACAGUUUCAAAAAGCAUGGGGAAAAUGCAGAGAAUACAUCACAAAACAGUGCCCUAAAAUACCUACCUGGACUUGUUUCGAUUACUGUCUGCAGGAGACUUUGUGGAUAUUUAAGUUAUAAUUAGAAAAAUCUUUAUAAUUAUUCAUAAAGGAAACAGCUUAUAAGAGGCUAGAUCAGGAUAAAGGAAGUCUUUUAUUUGGUUGUUUGUAUUGUUGUAUGUUAUGCUUAUUGUAUGUUAUGUUCACAUUUAAUGAGGGUGGAGUUCUGUAUUGGGGGGUGGGGGGUUUAUGCUGUAAAUAAAAUUUCCAAUUAAAAAAACCAAAAACCAAAACAAACAAAUCUGCACUGGGACCAUUAGCAGGAGCUUUCCCCCUGCCUCCCUUUCCUCAUUCCCUCUUCCUUUUUUUGCAGACUGA